CGUUCGAGAGAGCCGUGCUGGAAUGUGAGCAUCUGGAGGCGUCUGAGCACGGCGGGUUCCGGUGAGAACGUUGGCGCGGCAGCGGCAUGGAGGAGCGGGGCCCCCCCGACGUGCCGUUGAUCGUGACGCCUCCGUGCGGCGGCGGCGGCGGCGGCGCGCUCACCACGUCGCGGCGCGCCGCCUCCGCCCGCGGCUCGCGCGACGACGGCCCGCCGUCCACCUGGCGCUCGUCGGUGCGCGUCCGCGACACCGGUUUCCGCGGCUCCCGCAAGAGCGUCGUUCGCCUCGAACCGCCCUGUAACGGCCUCAACGGGCUCCCCGCCAUCGGCAAGGAGGUACUGUCAUUGGGCGCGACGGGGCCCAAGGGGACUACGCAGCCAUCACACCCCUGCACUAUCCUCCACCAUUCUCCUUACAAGGCCGCUUGGGAUUGGUUGAUCUUGAUCCUGGUGAUCUACACCGCGAUAUUCACACCGUACGUCGCCGCCUUCCAACUCAAUGAGCCGGACUUCGACAAGCGCUCGCGCAGCUUCGGCGAGGAUCCCAUCGUCGUCAUUGAUAUGAUAGUCGACGUGACCUUCAUAAUCGAUAUCCUGAUAAACUUCCGGACGACGUACGUGAACGCGGCCGACGAGGUGGAGUCGGACCCCGCUAAGAUCGCCAUGCACUACCUGCGCGGCUGGUUCCUCAUCGACCUCGUGGCCGCCAUCCCCUUCGACCUGCUCCUCUUCGGCACCGACACCGACGAAACGACGACGCUCAUCGGGCUGUUGAAGACUGCGCGCCUGUUGCGGCUCGUGCGAGUCGCGCGCAAAAUUGACAGAUACUCCGAAUAUGGCACUGCCGUCCUACUUCUUCUAAUGGCCACGUUUGUGCUUAUUGCACACUGGCUGGCUUGUUUAUGGUAUGCUAUUGGGAGCUGGGAGCGACCUCAGCUUCACGCUCCGAUCGGUUGGCUGGAUGCACUCGCGAACGACGUUCAAGCCUCGUACGACAACUCUACUGGUCCAUCGAUGAGGUCCCGCUACAUCACUGCUCUAUAUUUUACAUGCACUUCCCUAACGAGCGUUGGUUUCGGCAACGUGGCUCCAAACACAGACAUGGAAAAAGGAUUUACGAUAUUUGUCAUGCUUGUUGGAUCUCUCAUGUACGCUAGUAUCUUCGGUAAUGUUUCGGCGAUAAUACAACGACUUUAUUCAGGAACAGCUAGAUACCACACCCAAAUUCUUCGAGUACGGGAAUUCAUCCGGUUUCACCAGAUCGCUAAUCCACUUCGUCAAAGGUUAGAAGAAUAUUUUCAACACGCGUGGAGUUACACGAACGGGAUAGAUACGUCUAGUUUAUUGAAAGGUUUUCCGGAAUGUCUACAAGCUGAUAUCUGUCUUCAUCUCAACCGUAACCUCCUUGCGAACUGUUCUGCCUUCGAGGGUGCUAGUCCAGGCUGUUUGAGAGCUCUGUCCCUGAGAUUCAAAACCACGCACGCACCCCCUGGGGAAACCCUAGUCCAUCGGGGCGAUGUUCUUACUUCCUUGUACUUUAUAUCAAGAGGCUCAAUAGAAAUUCUAAAAGAUGACAUCGUCAUGGCUAUUCUUGGCAAGGACGACAUAUUCGGCGAGAACCCGUGCAUAUACCCGACCGUCGGGCGCAGCAACUGCCGCGUGCGCGCGCUCACGUACUGUGAUCUGCACCGCGUGCAUAGAGAUGACCUGCUCGACGUGCUAGACUUCUACCCCGAGUUCCGCUCCUCCUUCGUCAACAAUCUGGAGAUCACCUACGUCAUGCGGGACGAGGAGCUGUGCGGUAUAGAGCCGAAGCGGCGCAUGCGCUACGAGAACCCGAGUGACGCGCGUUUGCUGCGCGAGGCCUAUGCGCGCACCACGCGCCGCCCGCACACAGAAACCUUCGCCGAAAAAGUGGAUUCCCAAUGCAGCGAUGAUGAUACAGAGUCCCCCGCCAGUAGAGGAAUUUUAGAGUUCUCCACCGACAAGGCGGGCCAGGACGUCACUCCUCUCAACUUCAAUUUCAGUAAACAAAGAUCGACCACUCUUAACUCAAUCACGGGCAUGCUAGCGCAACUUAAACGGAGCUUCCCAGACCUCUACCAUCAUAAAACACACCAGCCGCUGCACAACAAAUAUUCGCAAUCGACUCCUCAAACGUACCGCGGCCGCGCGGCGGUGCGGCGGCAGUCGUCGGUGGGCCCGCUGCACGACACGUCGCCGCUGACGGGCGGCGCGGGCGAGCCGGCCGUCAGCACGCCGGCGCACAGCGCCACGCUGCCCGUGUCCAGCCUCAGCACCAACCCCAGCUCGUACUACACGAACGCGUCGCCCAGCCCGCCGGCCGCGCCCGCGCCGGUGCACGUGUCCUGCGACGACAUCUUGGCGCCGGCGCCGGCCGCCGCCAGGCCGCCGUCGUCCCGCUCCGCGCCGCACUCCGCCGUCAACCUUCACCAGACUGGCCGUCCAGCAGCACUCGCUUUCUCUAAUGAAAGAACCCAAAAUGCUGCACCGGAUACAAUAUCCCCCCAAUACCAGAACGUGGGCCAGGCGGCGUCGGCGGCGUCGGUGGCGACGGUGCUGACGCGGUUAGAGGAGCUGAGCCGGCGCGUGGCCGUGCUGGAGAGCGGGCUGACGGCCGACGUGCGCCGAAUCCUGCAACUGCUGCAAGCGCGCGAGCCGCACCACGCGCAGGCGCACACGCCGUCGCAGCCGCUGCCCAAGGCCUCGCUGUCCGUGCCCCACACGAACGAUAACCAAUGGGAGUGGAGCUGGAACGGCGACCGCGAGCGCGAGCGCGGCGGGCGCGGCGGGCGCGGCGAGCGCGGCGAACGCACGCCCGGCGUGCAGCGCUCCGCGUCCGAGCCGCACGCGCCGCUGCCGCCCGCCCUGCCGCCGCCCCCGCACUCGCACUCCUUCUACAGGUAGUGUGAGGCAGGCGAGACGAGCGCACCCCGCUCCCGACGCUCGACGCGCUCGCUCGCCGAGUCCACGUCGUGCGGCUC